AUGCUAAUUGGCGAUCGCACGGAAAACGUGAUUGUACCCGAGAGGUUCGAAGCCUCGUUCGGCAGGGUGGAAGAUGCUUGGGCAUUUCGUACUUCCCGAGGGUAUGUUGACCUGGAUGCGAUCCUCGGUGAUUGUGCGCCUUGGAGCGACGUUGCGACGGCGAUAUCGCUGCCACUCCCGCGCCGGAUCACAAGACCAGGACGACCCACCAGCGCAAGAAUCAAUUCAGGCGACAACACUGACAUCAAAAAUGAAGGAGGUAUUCGGACUGAUAGUCCCGAUAACGACAGUGCGUUCUCGGACACGGUGUCUAUGUUAUCCAGCGAAAGUUCGGCAAGUAGCAGCGGUUCCGGACACAAGCCACCUCAGACCGCCAUGCACACAGCUCCUCAACAACAACCGCAUCAGCUUGUCGAUGCGGCGAGCAGAGCAAAGGCAGAGAAAAUCCGUCUGGCGUUGGAGAAGAUGCGCGAGGCGAGCGUGCAGAAGCUCUUCAUCAAGGCGUUUACGUUGGACGGCAGCGGUAAAAGCCUCCUGGUCGACGAAGGGAUGAGUGUCGCGCAUGUGUGUAGAUUGCUCGCGGACAAAAAUCAUGUACCGAUGGAUCCGAAGUGGGCCGUGGUCGAACACCUGCCCGAUCUCUUCAUGGAAAGGGUUUACGAGGACCACGAGUUGUUGGUAGAGAAUCUUUUACUGUGGACUAGGGACUCUAAAAACAAACUACUCUUCGUCGAAAGACCAGAUAAGACACAGUUAUUCCUCACGCCCGAGCGAUUUCUUCUCGGACCGACAGAUCGCGGCGGUGGCGAAUACGAUGAUCACUCGAGAAAUAUCCUACUGGAGGAAUUCUUCUCGAGCAGUAACGUCAGUGUGCCUGAGGUCGAGGGUCCUUUGUACUUGAAAUCGGACAGUAAAAAGGGCUGGAAGAGGUAUCACUUCAUUUUACGAGCUUCUGGUCUUUAUUACUGGCCGAAGGAAAAGACGCGCACUGCUCGAGAUCUCGUCUGUCUGGCGACCUUUGAUGUUAAUCAGAGCAAUGAAACGAAGGUCCCCACGACGAGGCAAUACGACGGUCAAAGACAGAGUUACAAUCCGGAACAACGACAGAGCUACAACAAUGACGGCAGAUUGAGUAGAGCGAGCAGCUCCAGUUCUAGUGGAUGUUUGUCCGACGGGGCACCAAGUAGUUGUGAGGUGGCCUUCGAGUGUGGUGAGUUCCCAACCGGUACGAUAAAACGGAAGCCAUCUAUGAAUCCAAAGUUGCCUCUCACGUCGAUUACGAGGCAACUGAAAGAGGUCGGCGAAACUGUCCGAGACGAACCAGACUCUUGUCCAAGCCCCACGAGUUCAGGAUCUGGCACGCUAACUAGAAGGCACAGUCGUCGGCGAAGUGGCACCGAUUCCGACGGAUCUGGAACUUUGAAGAGACAUCAUAGAUCUGGAAACGCGACGCCCGUUAGUCCGGUACCUCCCGGUACGCCGGUAAGAGAAAGGGCGAGCCCAAUGGGAUAUAAUAGAUCGGAGAGCCAAGAAUCGAAAACGCCGAUGAGUCCGAUACCAGCAUGCAUGAUGGAUUCGAUCACCUCACUGCCACCACCACCAUCACCAUCAAGAGUGACCGAAGAAGUUGAAUCCGAUAGUGAACCACUUCCACCGCCACCUCCCGAAAUGUUCCGAUCGAAUCUCUCGUUGGAUUCUCUGCCACCGCCGCCAGCGCCCGGCGAACUCCCGAUUUGCAAUACGCCAGAACUUACGGGUUCCUCAUUGAGUCUCGCGUCUCUGCCACCACCACCCAGCCCGCUUGUCGGUGAAACCGGAACGAUACGCCGCGCCAGACCCAAACAGUCUACCCCUACGAACUCUGUGACUCCAGAGAACACUCCCACGCAUACUCCCAGCGCUAGAUUGCAAUCCAAUCAAAUGUACACGAAUAGUGUCGUGAUGAACAACAAUUCGGUCCAGAAUUACAAUUCGAACACAUCUCCGAACGCUCAUAACGCGAAUACUACCGCCAAUUCCUUACCUUCUCCGCACAGUUCCUAUCCAGGAUCGACAGCGAGCACGCCAACCUACACUCCGAACUCGCCUAAUUUCGUGUCACCACCGCCCUUCGUGCCGCCGCCAGCUUAUGGCACCCAACCGCAACAUACCAAUUCCCAGAGUCUCGGAAGACAAAACUCUAAAGUCGAGUCGAUAUAUCAGACCAGUCAACAUAACACAAUUCAUUCAAUCCAACCGAUUAGGGCGAAUCCGAACAUGGAUACCGUCCGGCGCAGCGCUAUGAAACAAGGAAGCGGUCAUUACGCGGCGCCACCUUAUUUGGCCGAGUUGAAGGCCGCCUCCAGUCCGCAACCGCAACGCCGAGUGACCAUCCAGGAACCACCGACGUCGCCCAAGUCGAAGACCGGAACCGGUAAAAAGAUCUCAUUUAACCUGCCUCCCCAACAGGAACCCGGCAGUCCCGCGUUACCGCAACGGAAGCCGACGCCACCUAGGAGAUCCGACAGUACUAGACUCACAUCACCGAAGAAAUUAGCGGCGUCUGAUCAAGCACCACCGGGUGAUUUCCUCAAGGAUCUCCAGAGAGUGAUGAGGAAAAAAUGGCAGGUUGCGCAAAAGUGCAAAUUAGAUUCAACGACGACGCCACACGAAGUACUUGGUUUUCGGGAUCCGCCGUCCGCCAUAGCCGACUACAGGGAGACCAAUGUAUCCAACUGGGUCCAGGAACACUAUGGUACGGACAAUCUAUACGAAAAUGUAUACGCAACGGAUCCCCAUGGACCGGUCGAGUAUGCAUCUAGCCCAGCCCGACAGUCAACAGUGAGAUUCGCCGAUGAGAAUCGCAGCAUAAACAACAUCGUAAACGCGAUUGCUGGUAAGAGACGGCCGCCGCCACCACCGCCCAAGAGGGCCGAAACCACGCAUCUCACCACCACUAGAGCGAUGCACUGACAAUAGCAGAUAAUCCAGCCCCAUCCCGAGAGGCGAUGGUAUUGCUGCCUCUGCGGCUGGUGGAAGGAGUGAGAACGGAUGUAAGGAACGAUUGCUUUGUCGAUGCAUCAUCAUUGUUUAGAAAUGAUUGGUAUAUCGAGUCCAUAUAUGUCCAUCGCUCCAAUUUGCUAUCCGGAAGAUCGUCAAUGGAAAAAAAGAAAUGCUUCUUUAGUAAAAAAUAGGUUGUAUAGUUUUGUUCGCAUUUCGUUGUCAGAUUCUAUUGGAAAUCCGCGUUUCGAAUGAGAAUUUGAGAGAAAAAAAUUAUUCGUAUAAAUUAAAAAAAAGAAAUCUUCGUCAUUUGGUACUGGCGAAGAUUUCUUUUCGGAUCUUUCAAUUUCAGAAAGGACUGGAUUGAUGAAAUUAAUCUAUAUGAAUAUUAAUAAGAAUAUUAAUAAGAAAAAAAUUGUUCAAAUUUCCAGCAACGAAGUUACGAAAAGAUCGAGAUGGUCAUGACAAAUAAUCAUGAAAAAUUAUAAAUGCAAGAGGAUAAAUAUCGAUGAACCGUCCUCACCAGAAGUUUUCCUUGAUUCACGAUAACGUAACUACGUCUGCAGUUGAACACAAGACGAGCGAUAAAUGCUCUUUUGAGCUGAGCAACGAAUUGAAUUGAAUUUAAGCCCGUGAUAAAGAUUUGAUAGUAGCGUUACGGUCGGUCAAUACAAGGAACACUGCCGCACAUACGAAGGAUGUGAUAUAAAUCUUAAACACUAUUGCUCGCCUGCGAUUGCAUAAGGCAAGGAGAGCUGAUGAAAAGCAACGCGACAGAAUGCGCGAUUUCUAGGCAGGACAGAGAGAUGAACUGACGAUUUUAUGCAGACUCAAAAGUUCUGCUUGUAUGCAUAUUUUAUAACCGCUAACUGCCUCGUCUGCGAUUUUCUCAAAUAUAACUUGGAUGUGAUAAAUAAUAUAAAAUAAAAGAAUAUAUGUGUGCAAAUGAUCUGUUAAAAUAUUUUCAAGUUUGACUUAAAAAAAAUCAUUGGUCAGAAUAAUUACAUUCUAGUGUAACUUUUGAUAAUUUUACAAGUCCGAUAUUUAAUAAUUAGAAAAGCGAUUUAUUUGGUAUUUGCUUCGGAAAAAUAUCGCUUCAAGAGUAUCGUAAGAAUAUUUUAUACGUACUCUAAUAAUAAAAGUGGAAAUGAAAAUAUAAUAUACUACAUAUAUUUGGUCUCAAGUUUCUGCUUAUUUCUCGAGUUCUCCGAAAAACUUGAUGAUUCGGACUGUAUUUCCAAAGAUUAUUAUAACAAAGAGAACGCAUAUUCUAUACUACGUGUAAACUGCAGCGCUCAAAGAAACACCAGGAAAGUCGCCGCGAAGCGAAAAUGAUCUCAGCAACUGGAAGUGAAUCCCCGCUUGAUUUUUUUACAGCGCAAGUGUUUCAACAGUAAAGAAGCUAACUUUAUCGGAUAUCUUCUAUGCGAUUAGAGCGUCCUUUGCGAUCACAUCCUUGUGCAUAGGUGUAUAUGUAUAUAAACUGAGUAUGUACGCAUGGUUACAUUGGUAUAUCGAUUUGGAUUGCUAUAUAUGUAGUAUCAUACAAUCGAAACACGCCUCACGAUGUAGACAUGAUGAUGAAAUGUACGGUUGUUCCGUACGUUCAUCUAUUGUAUCCAAUAAAAUCAUGCGAGAUUAAUUCUCGCUUGUCAUCAGAGUAAAUUGCGCGUUGACGCUUCAUGAUACGAGGAAACGAGAUCUCCAUUUUAUGCCACUUCUGUUCUUUUCCAUAACGGAAGAAAACUGACGACAUCAUUCUUAGAGUCAAGCGAAUCAAACGAGAAGAAUGUCGAAAUUCAUCGAGUUUCCGAUGAAUCGACUAACUCUGGAGGCUAGAUAGAUAAUAAAUUUUUUGAAUACUUUAAAUAAAAUCGUCAGAUAUACUAAAUACAAAAAAAAAAAACACGCGGAUGUCCUAACUACUUGUAUUUUCUGGACUCAUUUAAUUCUGGCGAUUUAAUCUUCUUAUUUCAAGUAUUCAAUUUCUAGAAUUAGACAAAGAAAAUACGAUUGUAACACAUCUCCGAUCGAAGAGAAAGCAAAAUAUGCUUCAAUCGCGAAGAUCGUUGCACUAGCCAAUAACGAAGAACAAUAUUGUGCGUAGCUUCCCGUUUGUGAUCACCAAUGGAAUCUUCAGCAACGACUAGCCGAGCCUUUUUAGGAUCACGUAGCUGAUGUAAUUUGAUAUCUCGCAUUUGCAUGACUUACAUGUGAAAAUUAACGACUCUUUGGAUUUACGAAGCAUCUAUAUGGUCGAAUUUUUAUAUACAAAAUCGGAAGCCGCUCGAGAAAGCCCGUUCGUGCGAUAUUCAAUCCGUAGAAAGUAUUUUGUAAGAUCAAAUUUUGAUAUAGAAAUAUUUCGAAAUAAUUAUACGCGAGUAUAUGAAUAGGAAACUAUAGGAAUGAAUUUUCAAAACAUAACAAGUAAUUUAUCGACCAGUUUUUGAGCUGACAAACCAUUUCUACGUUUUCACACUUUAAUAUUUCUGACCUAAGAAGAUCAUAUCCAUAAUUAUCCUCUUCAUCUUUUUAAAAUCUACGCUGCGUGUGCGCGGGAUACAAACACAAGUGACUUAUCGAUCCGCCUUUGAUCGACAGGUCACUUUUGAUUCGACGACGUUUUCAAUUUUAAUAAAAAGAAUUCACGUCGUGCCUGCGCGCGAGAACUUUUCCAAUUUUCUAAAAAAAAAAAAAAAAAAAA